CACCGACACACACAGGACGAAUCCGGCAACAAGAAAAUCGAAGGUUCAUUCUCACGCUUUGUGUGCUCGGAAAAGCGAACCAUGACGUCGUAGCGAGCCAAGUCCUCGAAGGGCGUAUUUCCCAUGACAAUGAUAUUUAACAUAGAUUUCAGGCGCGCGAGAAGGGAGAGAGAAGUCGGAAAGUCCAGCUAGCCGCUUUCUGCAUUACCCUCAGCUGCAGAGCAGCAGAGGGGGAGGGGGGCAAACAUCGAUAGCUGAGAACAAGUCCGCCCGGCGAUUCUCUCCGCGAUCGUUUCGGGCCCGAGCGAGCACUUGUGCCUUUACGCGAGUGCGUCGAUGUGCGCGCGCGUUGUCUGCGCACACGCACCUUCCAUCUGUCUGCCUUCCAUCGUCCCCUUCCCCUGGCCUGCCCCGUCUACAGUUCCGCUCUCUCAUGCCGUGGUAAUUCGAUCCUCGAGAGAAGGCCCCGUUGCAAGUUCCCAAACCCUUCGCUGCACCUUGAGCCUUUUAAAAAAAUGCAUCUGCGGCAGACAGUGAUUUCAGGGAAGCUGCGAGGCUUCCCUCCCGUUCCUUCAAUCGUGUGCCGAGGCCUGCUGGUGGCAAAGCUCCUUCUCCCCCGUAAUGAGAUGCGUCCAUGUUACCACGACGCGCGUGAGAAAAUCAUCGCUAAUUUUCCUCCUUUUCUCUCCUCGUUCUCUCUCGCGCUCUCCCUCCCUCUCUCCCUCCCUCCCUCCCCCCUCUCUCGUUCUCUCACCACUCUGUUUAUUUUGGAGCUCGCGCGCCAGCUGCUGCUGUAUCAGUCGCGACUUUUCCCUCGCACCCAGUCGUUUGUUACAUCUAACGAGCACGGACCCAAAUUACCGCGAGACGAACAUGGAUAUGGAAUCACUGUAUGACUACGAAGAGGAAGACUUUUACGAAGAGAGCCCCGGAAGAAAAGGAUACAUCAGUUAUCACCGAUCAUCACUCAAGCAGCAGCGGGAUGCGCGCGCCGGCGUGGGCGGUUUGGACUGCAGCGGCGGCCUAGUCGGCGUGACCGCCACCACCGGCGGCGUCAUGAUCAUGAUGGCCAAGUACAUGAAGCAGGAGCUUACCUCCGACGCCGAGGAGGAGGGUCUGGUGCCCAGCAUCUCCAACCGAUUCACCGGCACCUACGCCAUGCGCAAGGUGCCCUCGCUAUCCGAUCUCUCCGAUCCCGAGAGCUCCCUCGAUGUCCCGACGCAAGUGCCGCCGCUCACGCCCGGGACCAACAAGAAGAUGACCGAGGCCUUGAAGGCCUCCUUCGCAUCGUGGGAAAAGGAGCAGAUUCGCCUCAACAUAACCAAAGAUCCCCGACAGUGGUCGGAAUCGGCGGUAGCAAACUGGCUGCAAUGGGCCAUCCGCGAGUUCUCGCUCGAGGGGGUGGCCAUGCAGCCUUGGCAGCACAUGAGCGGCAAGCAGAUCUGCGCCAUGGGCAAGGAGUCGUUCCUCGCCAGGGCACCGGUCUUCAUGGGCGACAUUCUCUGGGAGCAUCUCGAGAUUCUUCAAAAGGAGGUGGACGCCGAAAAGGCGUCGCUGGAGAACAUGCCGGCGAACCUGUACGAGAGCGUGUGCAUGCCGGACUUGGGAGAGUUCCUGGGUUACAACCAGGCGAACGCGGCUGCGGCGGGCACGAGCGGCGGCGGCGGCGGCGGCGGCGGCGGCGGCGGCGGCAGCAGCGCGUCGUCCUCCAGUGCCGUGGCCACCGUGCCCGACAGCAGCCAGGGCAAGAGUCCAGCCACGAGCUCCAGCAGCUCGCCCUCGGCCACCAAUCAGCCGCCCCCCGGCCCUAUCGCCACUCCGUCGCCCGUCGCUGUGUCUUUGCCGCCGAGACCCUAUCACAACGAAGGCGGCUAUCACCACCUACGCAGUCCCGCGGAGCAGCAGCAACAGGACAGCCGGCGGAGGGAGAGCUCGCCCCCCGCGCUGACGAGCGGCAAUGGCACCGCGACGCAGCCCCCAAACAAUAAUCCCAGCGUAGCCAACAACAAUAACAGCAACAACAACAACAAUAACAGCAGUGCUCACAACAACAACAACACGACGAGCAAUGCUUACAUUCACCUUAGGAACCUCAAUAGCCUCAAGUCCGAGACGAACUACGCGAAUCACCAAACGUCGGAGCAGGCAGGAGCGCACCUGGGCUCGAGCAAUGGCAGUGAGCUGGGCUCGGGGAGCGUCGGCGAGGAUCUCAGGUCGUCGCAAGCUCCCGAGAGUUACCUCACGCCGGCACACUACUCGGGCUACGAAGAGCCGCCGAGCUCCGACUAUCACGGCCUUGGUUCAGCCGCGUCGGCCACGCAAGAGCACCAUCCCUCUGGACAUGCCUACGGCCUGGACGCCUCGCCCGAGUUUUACGGCCAGGCGGCGGGCAUGCAGCUCGAACCCAAAUACCAGCCGCCGCCUUUCAAGAACUACCCUCGAAGUCGCUAUCACGAAAGUUACAGCGAGGGCGGCUACGGCCAGUACGACGCGACACCCUUCCAGACGGUUCCGGCCAGCGCAGGUCCUGGCGGCGGAGGAGCUGGAGGUGCGCCAGUGAACGAACAAUGGGGAGUCAAUCCGUCUGUUGGCGAUCAUCUGAAUGCUCAUCACCCGGCCUUCCUCGCGGGCCUUGGCCUCCGCGACUCCACCAACUCGUCGCAUCAUCCGUCGUCGAUGGGCAAUCAGAAUCCGGACCACCAGAAGCCACUUCUGCCCAGCGCCAUGCUCGCUGGCUAUGCAGGAGGCGGGCCCUGUUUUACGGGUUCUGGGCCCAUUCAGCUCUGGCAAUUCCUCUUGGAGCUGCUCACAGACAAGAGUUGCCAAGGUUUCAUCUCGUGGACCGGUGACGGCUGGGAGUUCAAACUCACCGACCCCGACGAGGUGGCACGUCGCUGGGGCAUCCGUAAGAACAAGCCCAAAAUGAACUAUGAAAAAUUGAGUCGUGGUCUGCGUUACUACUAUGACAAAAAUAUUAUUCACAAAACGGCUGGCAAACGCUACGUUUACCGCUUCGUCUGCGAUCUCCAGAAUCUUCUAGGUCAAACUCCCGAAGAACUGCAUGCAGCGGUGGAUUUGAAGCCCGAGAAGAAGGAGGAAGACUGAGUCCUCCGAUACGCCUAGAAUGUUGCAGCAGUAGUGCCGAAGAUGAGUGUCGAUAGAGACGAUUAUUGACCGCCACACGGACGGCAAUCAAUUCUUCGGUGUACGGAGUCUAAAAAGUGACAAAAAAUAAAAAGAGAACGAGAGACAAUUGUUAAAUGUACUAGGGCUGCAUUAUACGAAGAAGAAGGAGAGUAUUAAUUGUAGAUUUGCGUGCGCGAAAGAGUGCAAGGGACGCCCAGGACGCGUGAGAGAGCAAAGUAUACGUUGUUCAACAAGUGCGACCGUACUAGCGAGCGAGUAAGCGAGACACACAGAGCGAAAGUGACAUAGACAUUUGCGUGUGCGUGCGAGUGUGCGGGGCGACGCGAAUAGUUGUCUUGAGAGAUUUUUUUUCCUAGAUUUAAGAAUGUUUCAUAAAAAACGUAAAUGAGUUAAUUAAAUCAUUGAAUAAAUAAACAAGCAAUGAAGAGUCAACGGCGAAUGACGAAUGUACAUUCCGUGACUGCUUCCUCUUCUUCUUCUUCAAACUUGUUCUAUAUGACAAAAAAAAUAUAAGUCUCCCUAAGAGAGAAUAAAAAUGAUGCAAUGAAAUUGAAUCGGUCGUAUGUACCAAAGACAGGGUCCGCAUACCAUUGGUGCCUCAAAGUAAUAAGCUAAAAUGUGAAUUUUUUUCUAUUUUUUAUUAUUAUUAUUUUUCGUUCGAUCGACUAUCGAUUUGCCACGCAAGAUUUUAGAAAAUAUUUAUAGGAGUAACUCGAAGACAGUUUAUACAUACAUACAUGCAUAUAUAUAUAUAUAUAUAUUAUACAUUAUAUAUAUUUUUAACGUUACGUGAUUUUUAAGCACUGUGGCAUCGAUUCAUCAUCAAUGAUGCAUCUAAAUUAUUUAUGUCGCAUCAUUUUAUUACGUGUGUUAUUAUAUCGUUGAUAGAUGACACAAUAUGUGAUUGUUAUGACUCUAAUUUUACUACAAUAAAAUAUUA